AUGUCCACAGACGGCCUGGAGAUGUGCCUGGGUGUCGCCUGUGAGUUUCCAGAAGAGGGAGUGGAUGUCUUCAAAACUCCUUCGCAGAUCUCUGCAGCAAGUCCUGUGGAAGAGGAGAUGGAGAUUUUCAUUCACGUCCUGGCAUCGAUGCAAGCCACACGGCCAGAAAUCGUCCGAGGCAUCCCGGUGUGCAGAGCUCUGCAGCUCGCACCUCUCUUAUGGGCACGAGGAGACCUCGAUGCGCUCCACAGGUGCAGCAAGGCGACUCCGAAGCUCACUGAGUUUUGGUCCCACAGCUGGCAAACGAAGGCUUGGCUGAAGUAUAUCAGCAUACUUUUCCUGAACAACAGCUUUCCCGCGUUUGUGGUGGGUACUGUCCUGGCCUCAGUAUCCUUCGCGCUUUGGGUGGCUGAUAUCCUUCCGACAUGGUCUAGAAGGCACCAGUACGGCUGGAGUCUUGUGACUGGUGUCGUGAGCUACUACUUGACCUUGUUGUUUUGGCGCAGCCGGAAACUGGCUUUUCUUGAUAUUGCCUGCAUCAACCAAACAGAUAAAGUCCGGAAGACGGAAGGCUUGGUGAGCAUGGGGGCUAUAUUGAAAAACUCUGAUCAGCUCCUCGUGCUCUGGGAUGCGACGUAUGCCGCGAGGUUGUGGUGCAUGUUUGCAGCCUGA